AUGGGUUCAUAUCUUGGUGUUGUUGCUUCUACAAAUCCCCCAAAAUUUAUCCAUUUAUGUUAUAAACCUCCAAGUGGUUCCAUUAAAACCAAGCUUGCUUUAGUAGGAAAGGGGUUGACUUUUGACAGACCUGGUUGUUUAAUUGAGCUGAUGAAAUUUGAUAUGGGUGGCUCAGCAGCGAUUUUAUGUGCAGCAAAAGCCCUUGCUUGUGAGAACAUGAUAAGUGGAACUGGUAUGAAGCCUGGAGAUAUAUUGAAAACCUUGAAUGAAAAGACAAUUGUGGUUAACAACACUGAUGUUGAAGGUGGACUUACACUUGCUGAUGCUUUAGUGUAUGCUUGUAAUCAAGGAGUAGACAAGGAAGUGGUUGUGGCCUCGGAAGUCGCUGGAGAAAAGCUUUGGAGGUUGCCAAUGAAGAAAAGUUAUUGGGAAUCCAUGAAACCUGGAGUGGCUGAUAUGGUCAACACUGGUGGUCGUCAGGGUGGUUCUAUUACUGCAGCUCUUUUCUUGAAGCAAUUAUCAUGUUUUCUCCAAAUAAUUUAA